GAUUUCAUGCCAAGUCAGAUACAGCAAAACAAAUGAAGCAUCUAAGCAAACUAGGAGUGAUUCCUUGAUUAAAGCUAGAGAAAGGUCUUUGUUCUUUUCCUCAAGUAAGACACAUAGGCAGAAGAUAUUAGUGUCAGUGAGUUGCCAUUGCUCGUCAAUGGUAAUAGUUGGGUAAGAAAAUUUACAAAUGGAUGCUGUGAUCAAUUUAGCCGCCAAAACUUCAUGCCAUUGGCUGGGAAUAGACUCCAACAUCACAAAGAGACUCGCCAUCAGGUUCCCCUCCAGCAGAACAAAAUGCAGCUUGUAUUCAGACAAGAUAGAGAUAAAACGACACACGAUCAACAACAAUGUCCUGGGCAAAUGUUGGGGUAGAAACAGAAUUUUAGCCAUGGCUUCAAAAAGAGAUCCCAAUUCUCAGCAAAAUUCUCUUUCUUCAGCAGAAACUGUUGUUGAUCAGUACUUCACAAGCAUCAACGGUAAAGACCUGCGACAAUUGGAUGAGUGCAUAUCCGAAGAUGCUUGCUUUGAAGACUAUGCCUUCACCAAACCAUUCCAGGGAAAGAAGGAAGUUAUGCGCUUCUUACAACAGCUUACUGAAUGCAUGGGCCGGAAUGUGAAAUUCAGGGUGAAACAUAUAUUCGAGGGAGAUGAUUUAACUGCAGCAGCGAACUGGCAUAUGGAAUGGAAAGAGAAACAGAUCCCAUUCACAAGAGGUUGCACCUUCUUCAAGUUAACAAAAUUGGGAAAGAACCUCAUCAUUUGGAGAACUGAGGUAUUAAUUGAAUCACCUAUCAAACCAGGAAGCAUAGUUUUGACCCUAUUGAAAAACGUAACUUCGACAUUUGACAACUUUCCAAAUCUAGCUGAGUGGUUCUUGAGAAGUCCUCAUGUAAUACUAACAUGGAUGUUAAGAUUUUACAACAUAUUUAUAGCAUGUUGGCUUCAUCCUCUCCUAGAUGGCUACAUAAAGCUAUGGAGCUUCUUUGUUCGAUUUCUAAGCUCUGUAAUCACUCUAGUGAAUUUUAUUUCUAAGACUUUCUUCAAGUAAGGAUCACAUUACUUAACAUAUAC